AUGCCUUUCCCUUUGGACUCUCAGUGUGAAGAACACUAUUUCCCCAAUUGCUUAAAAUUGAGCCGAGAAGCACGGAGCGUAAUUACCAGUGAAUCAUCUUUGGCAUGCUUACCCGGAAGCACAAUGCCUACAGAGUUUGAUCACAGAGCUAAAGGGAAUUUCUUGACCAUCCGCUCAGAUUCCAAAGUUUUUAGGAUUUGUGCCGUGGUUUCCCCUAAACCGCAGAUGAAACAGUGUAGUUUGUCUUAUCGCAUACACUUAAACGGUUGCCUCAUUGAGGAGUACAUAUAUUUUCAUGUCCACGUACUCCAAACAGAGCAUCUGUUUAUAGCUGACGCUUUUAUCUUUGAGGAAGAUGGAUGGCUUGAACAGGGCAACGAGAUAUCAUUCGAAUUCAGCGACGUUAUUGAAUGUGGUGUCCGGAUCAUGGCGUUCGAAACCGAUGCAUCUAGUUCAGAACAAGACGACGAUGGAAAUCUCUCUGAUGGAAGCGAUGCAUCUAGUUCAGAACAAGACGACGAUGAAAUUUCUCUCUGA